GGAGCAGAGAGGGGCCCGUGCGCUCUAAAUGGUGGGCUAUUCCCACCUCGGCGUCCAGCACACCAAAGAAGCGCUUCAGCCACUUGGAUGGAUGUAUGGUGACAAAAGUCUUAACACCUGCCCAACCUGGAGGACGGCAGAGGCUUGCGCAUAUUCCACGUCUACAUACUCCACGCAAAACUGACUUUGGAAGUUUUUUUUUCUGUGCUGGGUUAAAGUGGUUUCAAACUGGUCAGGACAAGAAGCGAUGUCUUGUCUGUGGCAACAGGACCAAACUGCGUUUCCACCCGGUGUGGAAAUCGACUCCAGUUCCAUGAGGGCCAAGUCCCGGGAGAGCUCGCACAGCUGGAUGAAGCAGGAGACAGAUGCCCAACUGAUCCAUUGGAAAACCGUGGUCCCAGGAGCUGGGAGUGAUGCCGAGCAGGACAACACACCGACCAGCGCUGUCUCCACCGUGACUCCGAUGGAUGGCUUGCCCACCAGUGCCGUGCUGACCAUCACCAAACUGCAGUGUCUGCUAGAGAGGAAGCAGGAGAAGAUCGAGGCUCUCGAGCGGCAGGUGGAGGAUCUGCAGCAGGACCGCAAGUUCCUCCGAGCGCAGAUCGAGAACCUGACCAGCAUGCGCCGUGUGCCCGCCGCCGAGGGAGGCCAGUCAGUGCACUGUGAACCCAAAGCCCACAAGAGGCAGGGGCCAGCCUCCCUGAGCCACAGCCCGGGCGGCGAGAGCGUCUCGGACGGCUCUCUGUCCUCAGCGACGACUGCCGCCUCUGCGGACAUCAAGAAGAAGAGACACCACAAGGAGAGGAGAAGAGGAAAGGAAGGUAAAGACUACAGCAGGAAGAGAGCGACGGGGGUACAGUACGUCAUCCAUCGCUACAAGCAGGUCCUCUCUGCCUACAACAAGAAGAAGAGCAUGAGUGGGGCCUUCCGACACUACGGCAUCGACCGCAACACCAUCGCCAACACGGCGCCCAUAGCCGAGCUCCACCUGGCUGCCAAGGAGACGGUAGCACUGGUGGGGCAGUUCCGACCACGGGAGGAGACGCUGGUGAGUUACGCCCAGCGCUGUGCGUUGGCCAUCGAGGCAGAUGAGGCUCUGACCAGGCGCAUCGAGCAGAUGAAGGCCGAUGGAGAGCUGCUGCCCAUCGCGGCCAAGCGAGCCCGGGUGCAUUCGCUGCUCGGCCACUAGAUGGCAACAAGCGACUGUACCUCAGGAGGUGGGAGGAGACGCAUAUUGGCUGAACCGUGUCUUUUGGUCUUGAGGUCACCUAAAUGCUCCAUGUUUGGAGCAGCCCAUUGUUUACACUGUUUGGAGAAUAUUGCAGGCCACGGGACAUAAUGGCCAGCUUCCUUCAAAAUCACGACUCCUUACUGCAGUUCACUUCGCUUCCUGUGCUACCGACUUUCUUGGGUUGCAGAGCUGUGAAUUUUACAGCUUGUGACUUCACUGGUUUGAUUUUUAUAACCUAGUAUUAAAGUGUGUCUGCAUAAUUCAGUGUAUCAGACAAUAUGCUGAUGUUUGGAUUUCGUCCCUUUUAGAGUUUUGAUGUUGGAAAAAAACAAACAAACACAAAACAAGUUGGGGGGCUGCCUCGGUCUUGUGGUGAUGCCCACCCUAGAACGCUGGCUGGGAGGGAUAUUCAGAGUACUUAAAGUAGGGCUGUCCAUUCCCCAAACUGUCCACUAUAUUCCUACCUUCUUCCACCAUGGGACAGUGCACAAGCCAUCUAAUACAAACCCACCCAAUCCACCACCCACUCACUUUGUACUCGCUCCAGACACUGUGCUCACGUUGCCAUGUGGGGUUAAAUCCCUCCUCUGUACCUUUUUCUGUGCUAUGCCAUUUUUAUGUCAUCAAAAAACCUUCAUCUGAUUCGUUUAUUAGAACAGUGUGCUUGUACAGGAAUGCACAGUGUGUGUUUGCUGGGACUUUUGUGACCAUCAGUAUUAUGCUCUGAAAAUUUUAUUGUGCUCUUUAGAAAUGAACUGAUUGUAGCAUAGUCCAUCGUGUUUGUCUGGGAUUUAGGAACAGCUAGCAUACUGCUGUUUCAGUACUUUGAAAUGAAGGCAAUAGGUUUUAACAUGUAUUGCUCAACACAUUUGAUCUGAAAUAGCCCUGUACCCUCAUAAGGAAGUCUGGUCAUUGAAGAAUGUACCGUUACUUACCAUGAUAAGGGAUUCUUUUUGACUAUUUUUCUAUGGCACAAUCAACCUGCUGUGUAAGAUAAUGUCACACAGAUGAUUUAAAACAGAACUGGGCUCAUUAUCGACUGUUUUGUUUACUGUAGGUUUUUGUCUCCUUCCUGUUUUCAUUUUUAUUUUGGAUUUUAUUGUUUUUAUUUAGUAAAUGUUCAGAGAAAGUUUAAUAAAGUAGUUUCAGAAAUGUUAUAAUAGUGAACUUCUUAUUCUGGAAUUUAUACUAUUACACUAAUCAAUAUAAUUUAUUGUUUUGAAUGAAUUUUCCAGAAAUUUCUUGCAAAGUAGACUGUGAACACUGAGGAAACUAUGCAAUGGAUCCUGGAUGAAGACUUAGAGCGUAUAUGUUGUAAAUAAGGCAGCAUGACCGUUUUAUGUAUGAAUCUUUGUUCAAAACAAAAUUAUUACUUGAGAAAUUGUAGUGUACCUGUACAUACUCAGAAUCUUAUACAAUAACGUGCAUCCAACCACUAAUUAGAUCCAGAAUGUAUGACUCUGUAUAAAAACAGAGGGGAAAUGGACUUUAGAAAAUAUAACCAGUUAUACUUGGCUUUUAAGAAGGCACGCAAGUGACAAUAGUUUCAUAGUAACUUCACUGGAAACAAAACAAUCAAGAACAAGUCUUUUUGAAACUCAACUACAGUUGGAUUAUUGGUCUUAUUAAUCCUGCAUUAUCAUCUACUUUAUACUUGGCAUU